AAGUCAGAUUCAGGUUUCUGUUGUCUCACAUACAGCUACAGGAGCGGGACAUGAGACCAGUCCGGUCUGCCGAUGUGUACACUCACAGAAACUGGGACAAGAUCAUUGCCAGGGUUUCCACAUGUGUGGAUGAAGAAGCACUGUGGCAAUCCAAAGCUGCGGGCUGAUGAUUACUCACUCAUUUUGGCUUGGCAUAUUCGGAUGUGACAAAGUGUAAAGCUGACAAUUGUUGGAGAAGAACAACACAGGAGAAGGCCGGAGAAACACACAACGUAACAGAGGGACCUCCUGAAGACGGACAGAACAGAGGAAAACUGUGUGCAUGCAGAAGAGUGGAGAGAGAUAUAUUAAAGGAAAGAGAGAGGCACUAGAGAUAUUCAGCGGAGUGAAGGAUAGAGAGAAGACAGAAGAAAAAACGUGGCCAAGCAUGAGAGAGGAGGAGCAGUCUAAUGAUGACCACCCUGAGGAUGAGGGGGUUUCCAGCGAGGAGAACACGGGAAGGCCACCUUCUAACGCCUGUCCUGUUGUUGUAGCUACACCGGGGGUCACCAGGCGCAAACGGCAGACGGGCUCACAAACGGAGGAUCACGUUACAACAGUAACUCCCACUACAGCAGCACAUGACGGCAAGGUGAAGCCAGCAGAGGACAUUCAGAUUUACACGCUGACUGAAGCCAAAAGAUUGAAGAAGAGUCCUCAACAUCGGCCUCCUUCUUCGGGCCCAUCCCUUUCUCCUGGUCCCGGCGCUAGUCCUGGAGAUCUCUCGGGCCUUGAGGAUCCACACGGCCAGCGGGUGAUCGCCAACAUCCGGGAGCGCCAGCGGACACAAUCUCUGAACGACGCCUUUGCCUCGUUGCGUAAGAUUAUCCCAACGCUCCCCUCUGACAAACUGAGCAAGAUCCAGACCCUUAAAUUGGCAUCGCGCUACAUUGACUUUCUCUACCAGGUUCUGCAGAAUGACGAGAUGGACACUAAGCUGGCUGGGUGUAACUACCUGGCCCACGAGAGACUGAGCUACGCCUUCUCUGUCUGGAGGAUGGAGGGGGCCUGGUCGACCAUGUCUGCUGGUCACUAGCCCUGCCUGAAAGCAAGGCUUGUCUUUUGACUGUUGCCCUAAUGACAGGGAAAUAUUAUUAUUUGACACAGAGGGCUGAGGUCAGAAUUGUGUCUACUCUUCAACACCUCAGAUCAUCUGUUUGCCUAAAUGAUAAUAAAAAAAGACUGACACUUUAACACGAGCCUUUGGACCAAGCUGAUUUUUAAGCCACUUUCCCCUUGUCAAAUUUUCAUUGAUGUCAAGCUAAAUAUCAGAUGCAUUCUUCGAAUUAUAUUGUUUUGCUUGCCAAAAGCAACUUUUACUGUUAAAGUUUGCAAAUGCUGGCAUUCAAGAAAAGUAUCACAAAGGGGACUCAGUGUACAAUUCCUGGCUUUUUAAAGGAAUUUCUUUGUGAUGUUUGUACUAGUAAGAUCACCAUGUAGGACAGGUGACAGAUAAAGCCUUCCAGACAACAUUUCAAUCAUUCAACAACCUGAUGGUUAAGGACAACCUGUCCUAAAUGUUGCCUCCACAUGACAGCAGGGCUUAUUCUGCUAGAGACUUCUGAGCCCUAAGCUUUCUCGGGUUCUAAAACUUGACCUCUGGUUUCAUCCUUAUCAUCACCCUUUGGUUUUUUUGCCAUAACUGCCAUCUUUGUCAUCAUAAUCUUUACUAUCGUAAUCAUAGGUAUUAUUCCUUGAGACACAUUUGAACUUUGUUUCUGCUGGUUUGUGUAGUAGCCAUAGUGCAACAACUAGAGAUUGCGAAAGAGGGAUUUGAGAAAACUCAGAACUGAAAAAACUAAAUUUGAUUGUUUCAAGAGAUAAUGGUCCUAUUCCGUACCCUUUCAACUACUGGUUUUCAAAGACUCUGACAUAUCAUGAAUCUCUAACCACCUCUAAACCCAAGCGACUGUGGAAAACCUAGCCGUCGUCCUGACUUCAGUUUCUCCUCUUUAUACCCAAACCAAGCCCCUUUGUUUCUUCUAGUGCCAAAAAAAAA